UCUACAACAGCAAGAAAAACUGACACCCUUCCCCCAAUUCAACACACAGCACCACGUCUCCAGUCAUAUGAUUCCCUACACAAAGAAAACAUCUCCGAGGGAGGACGCGCAAGGAGGAACAGACGUUUUCAUAAUUGCCUUGGUGUCAGGUGACAGGACGAUCGCUUCCAUUAUUUUCUACCUCACCAUUGUUUCCCUAUUUGUGGGUCCUCUUACUCAUUCAGUUGUCAGUGGGUUGUCAUUUGGGUAAGAUGUUCUACUCGACGCUAAUAGCCAUGUUUUUGGCGAGUUGUGUGCAAGGAAUCCCGGAAGAUCCACGUUUGGGUUCGUUAAUAUGGACACCAGCUGGUGGUUUCAAACUUAUGGACGGCGGUUUGAGGCAAAUGUACGAUACGGUGGCUUGGGCUAAUUAUACAAAUCAUAUCAACAAAACUGGAUGGGGCUAUUUAGAAGUGCAAACAGACCCGGCAUUCGAGGACAAAGUUCAGGCCUUUGCUGCCGGAUAUUUGGAAGGAUAUUACACGGCUGAACAGAUCUACCAAUAUUGGGUGAACACCGUGGACGGAUAUUGCAAUGGCAAAGAGGAAAUUUGUGAAAAAGUCAUUGAAUACUUAGAGUCCAACACCAGGUGGAUUAAGACCAAGAUCGCCGCUCAUCGCUCCAAGAACCCGUACUGGCAUCAAGUCGGCCUCUUCUACGACCAAUUCGAGGGUGUGGUCCAUGGCUACAACGAUUGGGCUCGAAGGACCAAGAAGACCAUUCCACGGGGGAAUAUCUUCUGGAUGAACGUUUUCGGUGACCUUGAAGACCUGGAACAAGUGUUUGCAUCGCGUUUCAAUCUGACCUUGGAAAGAGUCCUCGGAACGGGAUCGUGCUCAGCUUUGAUCAAACUCUUACCCGGAAAUUCAGAGCUGUUUGUUGCACACGACACGUGGAACAGCUAUCAAUCCAUGAUCCGUAUUUUGAAGCGAUAUUCCUUCGGCUUCCACAUGACCGAUACGGAUCACAAGCAACAGAUCCCUGGCGCUGAACUUACGUUCAGUUCAUAUCCCGGAGUGAUCUACUCCGGGGACGAUUUCACCCUCACCUCCUCUGGUUUAGCCGUGCUCGAGACCACUAUUGGAAAUAGCAACCCUGCUUUGUGGGAUUUUGUGAAGCCUGAAGGUCAAAUCCUGGAGGGUGUUCGAGCUACAGUGGCAAAUCGAAUGGCGACCAAUGGGAAGGAAUGGACCAAGAUCUUUACUAGAAAGAAUAGUGGAACAUACAACAACCAAUGGAUGGUUGUGGAUUACAAAAAGUUCAUGCCCGGUAUGAGUCGUGUUAAAAGUGACUUACUUUGGGUCCUGGAACAACUCCCCGGCCAUAUCAGAUCGGCAGAUAUGACGUCCGUUUUAGCUAAACAAUCCUAUUGGCCCAGUUACAACUCUCCCUAUUUUUCCGACAUUUUUAACAUGAGUGGCAACCCUGCUAUGGUAGAAAAAUUCGGCAAUUGGUUCACCUACGACAAAACUCCUCGAGCACUGAUCUUCAAACGAGAUCAUCGCUCCAUAAAAGACCUCAAAUCCAUGAUGAAGGUUAUGCGCUACAACAAUUACCAGAAAGACCCCCUAAGUCGUUGUGAGGAAUGCGAUCCACCGUUUAGUGCCGAAAACGCCAUCUCAGCUCGAAAUGACUUGAACCCUAAAAACGGAACCUAUCCAUUCGGAGCUCUAGGUCAUCGAUCCCAUGGGGGAACGGAUAUGAAACUCACGUCCUCCGCCAUGUUUAAAGAUCUUCGAUUCAUGAGCAUCAGUGGUCCAACGGCUGAAGACCUGCCCCCGUUCCAAUGGAGUCAAGUGGACUUUGAAAAAGACUGCCCUCAUUUGGGUCAACCUGACCUUUGGCAAUUUGAGCCCAUUCAACAUGUGUGGUCCAUGCCACCUAAACAUCUCAAGGCUCCGAGCAAACACCCAUUUUUAGACGCCUAUUUCAUGUUCUUUGGUGACACUGAACGCCAAAACUAAUUAAGCUCCCUCAUUAAUUUCCUCUUCAUGACUCGUUUGCUUUUACAAGUGUGACGUAUUAGAGUCCCUUGGAAUACAUCAACCCUGCUGAUA